AUGCCGAAAAAAAGCAAGAACAAGAUAACCUCGUGCAGCAAUGGAUAUUUGAAAGCCGUUGCUAAUGAAGCUGUGUACAUCUUAGAAGAAUACAGUUUGGAUGCGGCAAAAGAUGGUGAUUAUGCUGUUGGAUUCAUUGAUCGUCUCAAGGCUUGUUCUUGCAUCUGUCAGAAAGAGGCCAAAUUCCGCAACAUUGGGAAGGACAUCCAGUCCCUCAAGGAAAGAGUCAUGGAUAUCUCUCGAAAACGAGAUACCUAUGGUAUUACUCAUAUCAAUAAUAAUGCUGGAGAAGGGCCAAGUUGCAGUGAAGAAAUGCUCAAAUUUCGGAAGGAGAUGUCAGAGAGAGAUCUAGAAAACCACCUUCGUAAUCUAUUGAAAGAGCGCAAAUAUCUUGUGGUGGUUGAUGAUCUAUGGCAUCAAGAAGCCUGGGAAAGCCUGAAAAGAGCCUUACCGGAUAACAACAAUGGCAGUAGAGUUAUCCUUACAACACGAAAGGAGAACGUGGCUGAAAGAGUCGAUGACAAAGGUGGGCUACUUUCCUACAGAAAGGGGUUGCACGAAUGGCAAAAGGCAAAGACACACCUUUGGCAGCAUAUGAAGAAUGACUGUGUUGAGAUCUCUCACAUCCUAUCAUUAAGCUACAAUGAUUUGUCAUCUGAGCUCAAGCAAUGCUUUCUAUACAUUGGCAUUUUCCAAGAAGAUCAUGUGAUUGACGCUGAAAAGUUGAUGCACCUCUGGCUGGCGGAAGGAUUCAUACCAAGAAUUCGAGAAGAACAUAUGGAGGAUAUUGCUGAAAACUUCCUACAUGAGCUAAUAAGUCGUAGCUUGAUUCAAGUGGCCGAGACAUUCUUCGAUAAAAUUUUUGCAUGUAAAAUACACGACCUACUUCGGGAUCUUGCUGUACAAAAGUCCAUGGAGGUUAACUUGUUUGACAUUUAUGAUCCAAGAGUAAACUCGGUCACUCCAUUUCGUCUCCGACAUGCUAUUCAUGUGCAAACUGAAACGUAUCUUUCACUUGAUCUUUCUAAAUUGAAGGUAAGAUCAAUAUUGUUCUUUGAUAUGGCAUUUAGGAUCUUGGACCACAGUAAAAUGUCCAGGAUAUGCUGUACGACGUUCCCGCAUCUAUAUGUGCUGGACUUGGAGAACAUCCAUUUUAGUGGGGGUGAUCUACAUGAUGCUAUAGGCAAUUUGGUACACCUCAAGUUCUUAGGCUUGUGUAAUACCAAUCUAUUCAAACUCCCACCUUCCAUUGGCAAACUAAAAUGCCUACAAACGCUGGAAGCAUUGAUAUUGGAUAGUUGCUCAUGCGAACUACCUCCUCAGGUAGCCCAGCUCACAAAUUUGAGACAUUUAGUUGCUCGAUAUGAGGUUCCCGUGCAAGUUAACAGGCUGAAAAAUCUACGAACUUUGAAAUUUAUUCGUUGUGAUCAGUGGAAACAUACUGAUGCUUCUGGUUUAGUCAACCUUCAAGAAUUGGGCAUGGAACAAAUUAAGAAAUCUUACUCCCUAAAAUCCAUUGGCAGCCUGAAAAGCCUCACCACCUUGUUUCUAAUUUGCAUUUAUGGUGGAACUUUUCCUCCCCUUGAACCUCUUUCUUCUUGUGAAAACCUUCACAGAUUGUGGUUAUCAGGGAAAAUAGAAAAACCAGCAAAUUUAAUCAAUCUGCCAAAAUCCAUCACUGUGUUAGUCCUACAAUCUACAUAG